CCAGCAGGCACCAGGCUCAAGGCCUGUCAGGCGUCAGCCUGGUCAGUCCCAGUGGUCACUAGUCAUUCGCGUCAGUGGCAUGCUGUAGACUGUAACACUAAUACUCCGUUACUGUGAUCUAGAAUUUCUUCUUCCAGAAAAUGCUGUAAAAUGUCACCCUCCAUCCCUGUGUGAGGUUUACGAUUCAUUUAGGUUUCUACAUAGUGUAGCAAAGUUAGGAAAUGUUGACUUAGAGAGUGAUGAGCUGAACACUGACAAUGUACUUUUUUGGAGAAAUCGCAUGAAUCAAAGGAGCAUCAAAGGUGAAUUGAAGUACCCAAACCUUCGUAAAGUGAUUGGUUGUUUAAUGUGUCUGCCAUUUGCCAAUGCCCCAGUGGAAAGACUAUUCAGUGCUGUAAAUCGUAUCAAAAAUGAGUACAGAAACAAUCUCAAACGAGAAAGCCUUGUAGCCUACUUCAUGCAAAAGAAGGACAAGGUAUCACUGGAAAAAAUGCCCACCAACUGAACUUGAGUGACUUUCCCGAAUUAAUGAAAUUAGUUCGAAAUAUAAAGAGCAAUGCCACUGAUAGCGAAGCUCGUGAAAUCAUAGAAAGACAUAUGGAUAAUUAAGACAGAUUAAUUUAAUUCAUACUGAAUUGAUUUUUUUGUUCAUUUUGUUAAAAGUCCAACUUUAAGUUAUUUAUACCGAAGUCGUUAUUAUGGAUAUGAGUUUUUUUAUUUUUAUUUUACAAGAAGUUCAACUUUAAGUUAUUCAUUCAGAAGUGGUUACUUUGUUUGUGUGUUUUUUCUUCAUGUUCAAGCAGCAUAGCUCACUUAAUUGGCAACCAUCAAGAUACCAGAUUCAUUUCGUUUUCUUCAUGCAAUUGCUCCAACGCUGUAGGAGAGGGACCAGAUUUUCCACGGGUGGCUACAAGAAAGUGCUCUACAGCUUGCGCAGUAAGACCGUUUUUCCAUAACCAGUCUUCCAAAAUGUCAACUUCGUUCUUUUUCUUCAAAUACCUCCUCAUUGCCACAAACGUCCUCUCAUUAUCUUCUUUGCAAGAUUCCUGGACGACGAAAUCUCCUACAGAAGUCGUGGACUCCAACCUCACUACCAACGCUGCUACAUCGCUGGAUUCAUUGCUACUUUUCCCAACAGCAAUGGUGAUGGUAACAAAAUCUUCUGAUAUUUCAAAUAGGACGGAAUCCCUGCUCAUCCCAACUAUGACGUCAUUAACGAAAGAGACUCGUUCCCAAGUAAUCACUCCGGCAGAGGGAGAGGGUUCAGUCAGUCCUGCAACAACUAGAGAAGCUCUUCUGAUCAGUGCUACAGAGAAGGAGUCUUCCCUUGGUCCAACAGCAAAUGGAGGUCUUACAAUAAGUGCUACAGAAAGAGUGGCGUCACUUAGUCCAUCAACAGAAGAUGAAUCUCUCUUGAUCAGUGCUACAGGAAGAGAGACUUUCCUUAGUCAGGCAACAAAUGGAGAACCUCUUUUUGUCAGUGGCACACCCACACUGACAGAAACCCUUUCACAUAAUACAGAGUCGGUAGGAAUAGGAAAUCGUAGUGACAAUGACUUUCCAUCGUAUGAUGAAACAGAGACCGUUACAAAGAAACCUUUUGCCAUUGCCUCCUCCCCCACAAUUUCAACGACAGUGCUACCUUCCUGGAUAUCACAGACAGAGGAGAACCCAUUUCAGGUCACUUCUCACUUGCCAAAGCCGCAUCAACUAGAAAAGAAAAUACUUGCAUCAACUGCCCCCCACACAGAAGUGACAGUGCCAAAUGUCAUAGCUAAUAAGUGCUGUGAGAACAGCGAAUUCUUGAAUGGCACUGACUGUGUUGCCAAAACAAAUCCAUCUAGCUUCGACCCUCCUACAGGUGCCAAACAGGAUGCAGAAUCUGUUCGCUACAAUUUCAUUUGGGAAAAAAAUUUACCGAACUGCUCAAUAGAUUUUAAAUACAAAGUUAUCACGUAUCCUGGAAAAGACGGUUCUCUGAGAGCAGAAGGGCUUCAGAGCUACUUGAAUUGGGAUGAAUUAUCUUUGACCAGGCAGACCACUCAGUACUGUAUCGGUCAGCGGCACGAUGGCAAUUUCACGGCUAUCAUAUGCACGGCAGAUGAGGAGAAAAUGUGCAAGGGACGCACCUGUAUAAGGAAGUGCUGCGCCGAAGGGGAGGUGAAAAGUUCUGCCAAUUGCAAACGGGAAAACUGGAGUUUAAACCUAACCUUCCAUACUACUGAGGGGGCUGCUUCCGAGGCGCCCCUAGACCUUAAGGUGGCGCCGUUAUUCGACCUCCAUUGUCCGAACGGCUACACGGCGAAAUCUGGCGACGGUUUCCAUCUCCUUCAGAACGGCAAACUUUUCAUCAUACAGUCAGAAAAGACCAUUGACAACCAGAAAUUCUGCACGGAUUAUGACAUGAGAAAAAAGACCAACUUCGUCCGGUACUGCUUAGAAGGGCGUUCUCUCAUUCAGGAGUGGAAGGCCAUCCUCGCUCCCAUAGGGAUGAUCAUCUCCAUCCAUUGCCUGGCCUUCCUGAUUCUCCUCCACUUCUCCACGAAGAAGCUCAUGAACGUCCAAGGUUACUGCUUCCUCUCCUACUCGAUCUCGCUUCUGCUGGAGUACGUCGGGCUCAUCGUGAGUUACAAGUACUCGAAGCAAUUGCAUAAAACGCUUUGCAUUUUCAAUGGACUAUUCACUCAGUUUGCAAUACAUUCUGCAUUUUUCUGGCUCAGCGUCAUGUGCUUUGACAUCUGGAGAGUGGUCAGAUCCACAGUGAAACUUAUCCCUCUCAGGGGGAUCCUAGAGAACGACAUACAAAUAUUCCUCGUGUAUGCAGCCUACGCCUUUGGGUGUCCCUUGGUCAUCGCCCUGGUGACUCUCAUCAUGCAAUCUCUCCCGCCGGAGGCCUCCGACUGGAUGUUCAUCCCAGGUUUUGGAAAGGAGUCCUGUUGGUACGAAGAGAAGAUGGCGCAGUUCCUCUACCUUUACCUGGCCAUAGCGACGUUGAACAUCCUGAGUCUCUGCAUGUUGAGUCACGUGAUCUACCUACUGUGCCUAGCAGAGCCAGGAAUGGAGUGCUGCCAUCAGAAACGCAAGGCUCCACGAGCCUUCAACAGGAAGCAUCUCUCGUUAUUUCGUCAGAGACUGAGUCUCUUCGUCGUAAUGACCUUCUGCUGGUUCACGGAGGUGCUUUCCCUGAAGAUCCCUCCUAUGGAUGCCUGGGUCGUCACCGACCUCCUCAAUACACUUCAGGGAGUCAUCGUGUUCAUCAUCUUCUUACUGAGCAAGCAGAAGAGGCAGCUGGUGAAAGAGAGCUUGCAAGAGAUAUUUAAGAUGACACUGCAGAGAACCGACAGCAAUGCGACGGAGGAAUCAGCAAUGUCAAAUUCCCAGGAACCACCGGUGGAAAUGGCGAGUAUGCCCUCAGGGACACAAGUGUCCUUCGGUGGGAACACGAAUAACAGUCCCAUUCUGGAAUGCCCUGCUCAGGGGAAUGGCACAGAAGAGGGAUGCUAUGGUGGCAUAGUCAACGAAGGGCUCAGUCUUGAGGAGGAAGAAGGGAAAGGUGUCACUGGGGCAGAUGAGACAAAGGAAAUUGACAGCCACGUGCAGAGUUCCGGUCAUUGCAGACAGUGCUUCUAAAUGAUUGUGGUUUGUGUCUUUGUAUAGGUAAAGAUAACUGAGCUUAUGGGCACCUCAGUGGCGUGAUCGGUAUGGUCUUGGCCUGCCACCUUGGUAGCCGCGAUUUCGAUGUGUAUUUCUAGUGAUAGAGAUGUGUAUUUCUAGUGAUAGAAGUUCACUCUCGACGUGUUUCGGAAGUCGCGUAAAGCCGUUGGUCCCGCUGCUGAAUAGCCAUUGGUUCCAUGCAACGUAAAAACACCAUACUAACAAAAAACCAAAACUAAAACAAACUGGGCUUAUGACAAGAUCCUUGCCAUGCUUUAGGAUGAUAGUUUAAGGUAUAUUAUGUGGUGAUUGAACUAUCAAAAGAGGCAGUUAUAAGCGAUUUUAGAGGGAGUGUCAAUAUUCGCAGAUUUUAGCUAAUCGCUGGUGGUUCUGGUCCCCAUCCUCCGCAAAUACUGGGGUCGACUACUAAUAUAUA